UCUCUCUCUAGACCAUCAUCAUCAAUCACAUUUUUAUCCCUUUUCUGGGUCUUGUUGUCAAAGGAGAAUGCUCAACGCCCAAAGCCGAAUUCUUCGAUACAAAUAAAAACCCAUUACAGAAAAAGGCCUCACUUUGAUGAGAUAUUUCUGGGUUUUAAAGAAGUCCUUCAAUGGCGGACAGUUUUGACUGUGUGAACUCAAACCUUCUUCUCUGCGAAGAGAACACCAAUACUUGCUUUGAUGAUCUUGGCUGUAACGUCGCCGCCGAUGAGUUUGGUCUAUUAUUAUCAUCAUCAUCUUCUUUACUAUUCCAACAGAAGAACAAAAAUCAAAUCAUCCAUGACAAUAGAUCCGAGUCUUUGACGCGUUUGCCAUUGCAGAGUGAGGAGAGAAUCCGUACAAUGGUUCAGAGAGAGAGUGAGCAUUUGCCCAGAGACGAUUUUCUCCGGAGACUGCGCACUGGGGACUUGGACUUGAGCGUUAGGAGAGAAGCUCUUGAUUGGAUUUUGAAGGCUCAUUCUCAUUACAGUUUUGGACCCAUAUGUAUUUGUCUAGCUACAAACUACUUGGACCGCUUCCUUUCUGUCUAUGAAUUGCCUAGAGGUAAAGCUUGGACUGUGCAGUUGUUAGCUGUAGCUUGUUUAUCACUAGCAGCUAAAAUGGAUGAGACUAAAGUGCCUCAGUCUGUGGAUUUACAGGUUGGAGAUCCCAAGUUUUUGUUUGAAGCUAAAACCAUACAAAGAAUGGAGCUUUUGGUGUUGAGCACACUGAAAUGGAGAAUGCAAGCAUUUACUCCUUUCUCAUUCAUUGACCACUUCCUCAGCAGGAUCAUCACUGAUGAUCGGCUUCUUCCAUCAAUGUCAUCCAUCUGCCGACCGGCACAACUCAUCUCGGGCACAAUCAGAGGAAUUGACUUCUUGGAAUUCAGACCCUCUGAGAUCGCUGCUGCGGUGGCAAUUUCUGUUUCAGGAGAAAUAAAAGCAGUAGUGGACAUAGAUAGGGCCAUCUCUUCUUUCAUACACGUAGAAAAGGGGAGAGUUUUGAAGUGUCUUGAACUGAUCAAAGAUUUGGCAUUGAUCAGUAGGUGCACCACCAAUGGGGGAGGCGGUUCAGGGUCAGGCACAGGCUUAGGCUCAGCCCCAUUAUCAUCAUCAGUUCCCCAAAGCCCAGUUGGGGUGUUGGAUGCUGCAUGCUUGAGCUAUAAAAGUGAUGAAUUGACAGUUGGGUCAUGUGCAAACUCUUCAAUUUCACACACUAGUCCAGACAACAAAAGGAGGAAACCAGAUGGGGUUAUCUGAGGUGGGAGGAUUUCUAGUCAUGAGAUGUGAAUUUUUCUCCUUCACACCUGAGAGUCCCAAGCAGUUUGGUUGAAUGGGAUUUUUGGUGUGGUUUUAUUUAUUUAUUUCUUUUUUGGGUGGGGAGUUCCAAUUUAUAGAGUACUUCAAAAGGAGAGAGAAAUGCAGAGAGAGAGAGGAUGGGAGUGGAUGAAGGUUCCUUUUUUUUCCCCCUUUUUUUUUUUUUUUUUUUUUUUAACAACAGAAUAAAUGUGGUGGAAGCAUCAUCAAGAGGGCUUUUCAUGCUUGAAGCAUGAAAUGGAAAAAUCCCCAGCCUUUUGACAUAAACAAGAAUUCCUCAGCAACCAUGGAAGGGAUGUUUGAAGGAGUGAUUGGAGUGGUGAUAUUGGUAUUUGCCAUUUGGUGGUAGAAGACUAGAAGUGAAGGAAAAUAUAAGAUAAAUGUCUUUUCAUUUUUUUGGUGCCUAGACAUACACUGCCUUUUUGUUGCAGCUACCAUUUUAAUGAGAGAAAAAAACGUGAAAGUGAAAAAAACUAUAUAUA